CUCCUGCCUGCCUGCCAAUCUUGAGAUUCGUGGCCAUUGCCGCCGCGCGCUCUCGAGUGCGUCCGGUGUCUCGUAGGGAGGGGAUGGGGAUAGUGAGGGUGGCGGAGGAUGUGGAGGGUGGCGGAGCGCUGGUGGCCGGGGCCGCGGGCGGCGGCGGCGGCGGCGGCGGCGAGGUGACGGCGCCGCUCCUGCGGCAUCACAAGCAGAGGAGGGGUGAUGAUGAUGAUGAUGGUGAGGAGGAGGAGGGGUACUGCGACGAGAUCCAGAGGGCGGAGCGCGGCGGCGGCCGGGGUCGGCCAGGAGGAGGAGGAGGGUCCAUGUGGAUGCUGAUGCUCGCCACCGCCGUCGCCGUGUGCGGCUCCUUCGAGUUCGGCACCUGCGUUGGGUAUUCUGCACCUACUCAGUCAGGGAUUGUUGAUGAAGUCGGGCUGUCCAUUUCUCAGUUUGCGCUUUUCGGAUCUGUAUUGACGAUUGGGGCAAUGAUUGGUGCUGUCACUAGUGGUCGCUUAGCAGAUUUUCUUGGACGUAAAAUGACCAUGCGGAUAUCAGCUAUUAUUUGCAUUUUUGGAUGGCUUUCUGUGCAUUUGGCUAAGGGUGCUAACAUGCUCUACUUUGGAAGGAUAUUGUUGGGCUUCAGUACUGGCGUCCUUUCUUAUGUGGUGCCUGUGUUCAUCGCUGAAAUAGCACCAAAGAAUCUCAGGGGAGGCCUUGCAACGUCAAACCAGUUGCUGAUCUGUUCUGGGAGUUCAGCUACCUACAUAAUAGGUGCCCUGGUUGCAUGGCGUAAUCUUGUCUUAGUAGGUAUAGCACCAUGUGUUCUGUUAUUAACAGGACUUUUCUUCAUUCCGGAGUCACCAAGAUGGCUGGCUAACGUUGGAAGGGAGAAAGAAUUUCACAUCUCACUGCAGGUCCUACGGGGAGAGGAUGCUGACGUAUCUGAAGAAGCCAUCGAGAUUAAAGAGUAUAUUGAAUCACUCCAUAGGUUACCGAAGGCCAGGGUUCAAGAUUUGUUUCUGAGAAAAAAUAUAUAUGCGGUCAUUGUGGGUGUUGGAUUGAUGAUAUUUCAGCAAUUAGGAGGGAUAAAUGGUGUAGGCUUUUAUGCAAGCUCUAUCUUCAGUUCUGCAGGAUUUUCUGGAAAACUCGGAACCAUCUUGAUUGGCAUUAUUCAGAUUCCUAUCACAUUGUUCGGAGCCAUUCUAAUGGAUAAGAGUGGAAGACGGGUCCUUCUAAUGGUCUCGGCAUCUGGAACAUUUUUGGGCUGCUUUCUAACAGGAAUAUCCUUCUACCUCAAGGCACAAGGUUUAUUCCCACAAUGUGUUCCUGCAUUGGCUCUUACCGGUAUACUGGUUUAUAUUGGAGCAUACUCGAUUGGAAUGGGUCCUGUCCCCUGGGUUGUCAUGUCUGAGAUAUUCUCGAUUGACAUGAAAGCAAUCGGCGGAAGCUUGGUGACCCUUGUUAGUUGGCUAGGUUCCUUCGCGAUUUCUUACUCGUUCAGCUUCCUCAUGGACUGGAGUUCCGCAGGGACUUUCUUCAUGUUCUCCGCGGCGAGCCUGGUGACCAUCCUGUUCGUGGCGACGCUGGUGCCUGAAACCAAAGGAAGAACACUCGAGGAGAUUCAGGACUCUUUGCUCAGCUCCACUAGAUAGAGGGAGAGAUGAUAUGACUCGAGCUGUUUUCUCUCUUCCUGCCUCAACUCCACUCCACUUCUGUCAAUUUCGAACCAGCAGCAUGCAAUACCAGUAGUGUACUCAGUAGUCAGUGGUUCUUCACUUGGAAUAUAGAGCAUACACACAGAUGUUUUAUGAGGAAUUAAUAUACUACGCAGGCAGGCUAUGUAUAAUGUCACUCUAAAUAUUUUAACAAUAUAUAGAGCAUACACACAGAUGUUUUAUGAGGUUUACGCUGUUUUCACGUGAGUGUACUGGUUUACCCAUUAGAAAAGU